CGCUUCCAGCCGCUAGAGGGCAGCAGCGUCUUUAAACCGUCGUUUGAACCGUAGAAGAAGUCGCGCUAACAUUAGCAUGCUAAGACUGCACGAAAAUAUGAAUUCGGUUAGCUUUUACUCACUUUUAUCCCACAAAAUACACAAAUCGUCUUAGUUUAAAGGGAUAAUAACAUUUUAAAGAUUUAAUAACAGUAAAUAGAGGAGAAAAAAUGACGUAAAAUGAAUGGAGUGAUUACAACCUAAAGCUACAUAAGGGAGGAGGAGGAGGAGGAAGGGGGAUGCUGCUGCCAGGGAAAAGAGGAGGAGGAUGAAGAGGAGGAGGAUGUCCACCGGCAGCAGCACCGAGCGCCUCUCCAUCCCAUGAGCCCCGCAGAACCCAGACAUGUGGACGCAGCUCCGCCGCUGAGAUCCUCGCCGUAAUCACCGGAUCAUUUCACCUCCUCGCGCAGAUGGAGGGAUGCGGGGAGACCGAGGAGCGAACGGAGUGCAACAGACUGACGGAGGAGAGAGACGAGGCCCACCGACAGCUCAAGCACAUCAAGAGAGUGUCUCAGAUGGUGAUCGAGGAGGUGAGCGUCCUGCAGACUCAGCUGGAGAUCGAGAAGUCGUGUCGGGAGAAUGCGGAGGCGCUCGCCACUACGCUCAGCUGUGAGAACCGGAAGCUGAAGUACCUGAGUCUGUCCUCGCGGCCUUGUCUGGACGAGCUGCUGCCCAGCAUCUCCGACUGCAUCGCCCUCGAGACGGACGGAGACUCGGCAGAGGUCGCCGACGACAGUCCGGACGCCUUCUCACAAUGCCAGCAGCAGGUCAAAGAGCUGAGGGAGACGGUGAGCAGCUUGCUGGAGGAGAAGAGGAGCUUCCUGUGUCAGAUCCACGAGCAGCAGCAGAGGAUAGAGGAGCUGAGCUCACAGGCAGAGAAAGACCAGGCGGAGAUGAAGCAGCUCCGUGAGACGAUGGAGCAGCAGAGCAGGAGCAUCAAGAGGUUCAACAGAGUCUCAAUGAUGGCCACUCAGGAGUACGAGGGCAUGAAGGAGCAGCUGGACCUGGAGCAGAACCUCAGGGUUCAGGCUGAGACCUAUGCACACGAGAUGCUCGUGAAGCAGAAGGAGGCCAGCAGGCAGAGCAUGCUGCUGCUGCAGAGCGCCGAGCCCAGCGUCCAGCUGCUCAAAGCUCUGGAGGACGUCGCUGCCGUCACCAAAACCCUGGAGGAGGAGCGACUGCAGCACCAGCAGAAGGUCCAGAACCUGGAGGCCCAGCUGGAGCAGAGCUGUGUGAAGAAGCAGCUGGAGGCUCUGCAGAGGCAGCUGGAGCUGCUGGAGGUGGAGAAGAAGGAGGUGGAAGGACAGCUGGAGGAGGCGGAGAAGAAGAGCCGAGAGCUGGAGGACAGAGCCUCAGCUCCCUCAUCGCCAUCAUGAGGAAGUCCUCCAAAGGAUCCAAAGCUGCCGCAAAGGUGGAAGCCCCCCCAGCUGCUGAGGGGGUGGACGAGGUGAAGGUGAAGGCGGUGAACGAGAUGAUGGAGCGGAUCAAACACGGCGUGGUCCUGAGGCCCGUCAAGAGUCAGGACAGCAAGAGAACAGCAGUGAAACCUCCAGUCUGUGAGGAGAAACCACAGGAGAGCGCCAUGGAGGAGCUGAAAGGAAUUCUGGAGACGGUGAAGAGGAGCCCCAGCCGAGGCUCCCAGGAGUCAGGGCCGUCCCCCCCAGGAAAGAAGGACAGCGAGCUGGAGGUCAUCCUGAGACGCCGGCGUAACAGAGCGGGAGAGGCGGCGUCCGGAGACGAGCGCGAGGGUCACAUGACCCACGUGUCGUCCUGCGACAGCCUGAACGGAAGACGCACCAGCAGCGACUCGGGAAAGAGUUCAGAGAGCCCCGGGGGGCUGGGCGCCCCCCCAGACGCCGCGGGGACCCGGGUCAGUCCGGAGAGGCGGGCCUCAGGACCGGGACCAGCGGUGGCCCGGAGGAAAAGCUCCGACUCGGGCCGACAGAGGAGGUCCUGCAGCUCCAUGUCUGAGAAAGAAACCGCAGAGCCUCCGGUCAGCAACGGCUGCAUCAACAGCGUCGAGGAAGCGGAUCAGAUCAAUUCCAAUGGAGUUGACCACACUGAAGGCCCCGCCCACACCGACCCGCUGAACGGCAGCAGCGACGCCGAGUGUUGACUCGGGUCUCGUUUGCGUGUCCCGACCCGCUUGAUUCCUGAGAGAUCCGAUGCCUUUUGUGAUGUUAGAUCCAAGCGGAGAAUCAAACGUUUGUUAGAUCCACACUAAAAAUCCACUACAGAGGCGGCUUUAGAAACCUUUUCCUGGUCCAGGUUCUGGUUCAGGUUCUGGUUCAGAUGCUGGUCCAGGAUCUGGUUCAGGAUCUGGUCCAGGAUCUUGUUCAGGAUCAGGUCCAGGAUCUGGUUCAGGUAUUGGGUCAGAUGCUGGUCCAGGAUCUGGUUCAGGAUCUGGUCCAGGAUCUUGUUCAGGAUCAGGUCCAGGAUCUGGUCCAGGAUCUUGUUCUGGAUCUGGUCCAGGAUCUUGUUCAGGAUCAGGUCCAGGAUCUGGUCCAGGAUCUUGUUCUGGAUCUUGUUCAGGAUCAGGUCCAGGAUCUGGUCCAGGAUCUUGUUCUGGAUCUGGUCCAGGAUCUUGUUCUGGAUCUGGUCCAGGAUCUUGUUCAGGAUCUGGUCCAGGAUCUGGUCCAGAAUCCUCACUGAAAUAGUUGAAUGUGCAGCGACUGCAGAACCCCCCCCACACACACAUCUUAAACCAAUCCACCUUAAAAACUGGAAUUUCCAAACAGACCAGAAAUGAUUCAAAGAUGAAAAAGGAUUUAAAAGAUUUUUUUCUAACAAAUUAACUAAAAUUAAGUAAAAAAAACAAAACAAAACAGGAGAUUAAAGGCUUUUUUGGAAUCAAUAAAUAUAAAGAUAAUAUUAAAACAACUAUAUAUGUUAUUAAUCUCUAAAAGGUUCCCUAUUUAUUAAAAGUUUGUAAAACUUUUAUGAAAAAAAACCCUAAAAUAUUCUUUUGGAAUUAUUGUUUCAAAAAUCAAAAUUUAAAACAUGAAACAGCCGUUUGUGUUUGAGUAGAUGGAUGAUUACAAAUGGUUUUAUUUGCUCUUUCCUGAAGGACAAAAUCUUCAGUUUAGUUUAGGACCCCUUAAAAAAGCUCUGCAGCUGCUCGGUUCAUCCAAACGUUUCCACAGUUUUUUCUGAAACUUUUUUCACUUUAUUCUCCGUCGUCAUAGAAACUGUCAUCACUUUGACCAUGGAAAACUUUUGUUUUAACCCUCGAACAACCGUCCGGCUUUGAGAAACAACCAAAACGCCCAAAUGUACGUCCACCAGGGGGAGCUAACGCACCCGUCAGGUUUCCCUGUCUGAGACAAAACCCAGAAUCUGUGGUUUCAGACGUGGACGUUUGUGGAUCCUGUAGAGAUUUGGGCUCCAAUCAUCUUCUCGACAUUCAGGUUCCUGAGUCGACUAAUUUGAACUGCUGCCGGGAUUUGACGCUCGGACCUCAAAUCCAAGAUUCUCGCUUUUGUCUCAGAGUUUUAGAAAGAAAUGAGAACUUUUGGAAAAUCUCUGCCAGGACUGAUUUAUCUUUGAACCAGCAGUCUUCUGUUGCAUCUCCUCCACACAGGUUCUGCGGUUCUUCUGCUGGUUCAGUGAAAGCCUUUCAUGACACCAGAACAUUCAUAGAACAGAAUUCUUGGGUUUGAUUCGUCCUUUAAUGAGAUCUAACUGUUGAAAGGACGACCGGUCGGAUGCGAACGUAGAUUGGCUAAACGUUUGACUCUCUAUGCACCGCAGCAUCUGCAUGAACUUCUCCUUUGAGCUUCACGUUAAACAGAAAAAUAGAAGUCUUAUGUUUUUUCACUGGAGAGAAACUCCAGAAACUGGGAUGUUGGAGUUUCAAACACACAAACUGUGUUUAGCAUUAGCGUUAGCGUCUCUUCCUCUUGAACGUUAUCACGAAGCCUCCUCUAACUGACGGAACCAGACAGGGUUCUCCCAGCAGCUGCUGAGGUUCUGGUUCUGUCUGAACCAAACUGGAUCGUAUGAUUUUACUCUUUAACUCCUGAAACAUCUCAAGUUUCUAUCCAACGUAAAAACCAAACUUUAAACGAAAGAUGAUGAUGCAAACGCAUUGGGACGACAUGUCAGUGGAGGCUUUUCUCUGGAACGGGACGCUCUGAUGGACAGGUGGCGAGCUGAAACGGCGAGCUCAUCAGUCAGCAGACGACGUGUGGUAUCAGAAUGAUCGAUAAAUCAAAGCUUUUUCUAGAAUCGAGAUGCCUUCAGUGGGCCUUUGCUCGUAAAGUGCAGCCAUGGGAGCAGAAAACAGACGACCCCCCUCUUCAUGUGGAACCCCCUCCUGCGUCCGAGCGGCGGGACGCAGGUCCGCUCCAGGGUCCGGCGUAGGACUAUCAGAGGCGGGACUGGCGCUCGGAGGACAGGUGGAUCCUCAGGAACACUUUGGGGCCUUGAUGAGGAGGAGGAUGAAGGGAGGAACGAGGUGCUUGUGUUUUCUCUCUACCUCUCUGCUGUCCCGCCCGUCCCUCCCCAGCAGAAAUGAUGUCUUCCUGCACUCAAUCAGCACUGAGCCCGUUGACCUGUAUGCACACGUGCCGCGGACAUCACAACCUCCAGCUUUUAUUUUGUAGGACCUAAACCACGUUUGAGCCUUUCCGAUGAUUUUUACGAGCUGCAGGUUCCUUUGUACCAAGAGUUCACCUUUGAGACUGUUUUCUAACAUGAAAAUCUGUGUUUCUGCAUUCUAACAUCACUACGAUGAAAGUCUCCUUCCUGCCGUUGACUGUAUAUAGAGAAUUGCACUGAGUUCCAAACAGGAAGUGGCUCCAGAAUCCCAUCGACUUCUAUAGAAAAAUAAGCAGCUGUCAGUACGUCCAAUGGUGGUUCCAACAUGGUUCCAACAUGGCGGCACCCGUAUCACGACAAAACGGCUGAAUUGACUUUGGUUGGACGUCACACUCCACUUAGUCCAGUUCUCACAUACAGUCAUUGGUUCCAACCUGAUUUGUCCGCAUCUCCUACAGCGAGCUAUAACCAGCCUCGCUAACAGCUAACAUUUUUAGCUAGCAGCUAAAAGUUAGUCGCUAGCAAAUGUUGGGUUAGCUUCAAUGUGAUUCAAUGCGAGCUAGCAGCUGCUACAAGCUAAUUCUUCACACUGUCUGGUAAUGACUCCAUGCUAACGCAGAUCAUAUCCCGUCUGUCCGGGUUCUGACCCAGAGACAAACCUCUGUCGCUGCUCUGAGUCCUCUUCAGACUUCAUCAAGCCUUAGCUAACCGCUAACAAUCCCAACUAUGCUAUUGGACGCUGCUAGCAUGUAGCAUAAACAUGUUUGGCUAUGCAGAACAGGAAGAAGCUGCAGUUUGCUAACAGUCUUGAACUUCAUGGUGAAUCUCCUUUGAUCUGCUCUGCAGCGUCACGACUCCGUCAGGGAUUCCUGUAACUAUGGCAACCAACACCAGAGAAUGCUGGAGCCGUUCUGAAUAAAAACAUAACAAAAGCCAAAAAGUUUGACUGUAAAAUCCAACACGACUGAGAGAUUUUUUAAAUCAUCCUGGGAUGUUUUUUGUGUUCAAAGAACCAGAAAUCAGGACAGGAAGUUCGGAUCUCACCGAGUUCAGAGGCUCAAAAAUAUGCAAAUAAUUCAUCAUUUAAGGUGGAAUCACACUCGACUCAUUCUGCAUGAAUGUUGUCUCAAUUUUCUGCUAACUUUGAGUAUCUUUUUUGGAGUUUUGAUAAAUUCUGUGAACAUUUCUGCAAAUGUUUGUUUUGCAAAGUUUUGUCUAACAGUCUUCUGAAUUAUGGGUAACGAGUGACUCUCACGCAGGUUUCAGGUGUUCGGUUCUCACUUUAGAUGUGUUGGACGCUGACUUUUGUCUUAUAUUAGUCCAGAUGUGUUUCCAAACAUAAACUUUUUAUUUUCCUCACAUUCACAGAAAUGAAGUGUAAAUCGGUCAGAGACCAGACCGGGGCGACGCUGAAUAUUUCUAUUUGUUUAAAGUAGAAUUUGACCCCAGAAACUGAAACUAGUGAGACGUGUGUCACCAGUGAGAUCACCUGUCUCUGCAGGUAGAUGUCAGAGACGCCUGCAGCCUUGAACCAUCCCUCCCAUGGAGUUGAACCCUCACACUGAUCACGCUUUUGUCAAACAAGAUUUUCUGCAUCGAGUUUCCAUGUUUUUAAACCUGAACUUUCAUUCUAGCAUCACCUGAAAUAAACUGCAGUUCAGAUCAAACCAAA